CAGUUCCAACUUUUCUUCACAUUGGUUUCAAGUGCUCUUUUCGAAAAGUGCGUCAUCAAUUUGCUUGGACGCCAUCUUCUGAAAAUGAAUGUCAAGAAAGUGAAAGAGAAGCUCUCUAGGCCUUGGGUAGCUGUGAACCUUCUACUAUUGAUCGUCUUCUUGGCUAUGGUGACUGUGCAUAUCAAGGUGGAGCCCGUGAAUUUGGAUGAGUUGUUGUCGAUUGGAAAUGAUGUAGACUCCAAAAAUCUGUGCGAUUCUCCAGAGUGUAUUACGCUCUCUCACGAGCUGCUCAACUACCAAGACCCAUCAGUGGAUCCGUGUGUGGACUUCUUUCAGCAUUCUUGUGGAAGAUUCCAUGAACAGUCAGUAUCUGAAUCAAGACUUCAAAAAAAGAAACAUAUUCUUCGGAAACAGAUUCGAGAGUUUCUACACAAAAUCCAGAAUUCCACUUCUAAAUCGGAAAACUUGAUGAAACUAGUAUUCGAUAAAUGUGAAGCUUCAAAAAAGACGAGUAAUGAUAAUUACAAAAUUUCACGUGAUGCAAUCCAUGACGUGUUCAAUGAUAUCAAGAAAAUCGGCGCGUGGCCACUAUUAGAUAAGAAUUGGGAUGGUUCUAAGUUUGAUUUGAAUGAAAUGCUAUCGAAUCUAGUCAAACUGGGAGCAACUAAUCUUGGACUAUUCCAAUUAGAUUUCAGAAUCUUAACUGAGGGAAAGUUUGUAAGAAUCGCUCCAACUCUCGGGAGUAUUGUUCAUAAUUCUACAAUGAUAUCGAUGAUAUCGGAAAUUCUUGAGGCCAAUGGAGUUCAACCGGAUAGUGAGGAAAUUUCAAAAGAAUUCGAGGAGUAUUCAAGCCUUCAAAUGAAACUGGCUAAAUACCAAAGUUCUGGAAAAUUAAGCAUUUCAUUGCCGGGUGUCAGAAGCAUCAACUUCUCGAGUCUGAUAACGGAGAUGAUUCACCCAAGCAGAGUCAGCAAGAUUUUUGGAAAGAUAAGAGUCGUAACUUCUGAACAUCCAUUGUUUUUCAAAUCGAAUGAAACAGAGAGUCUCGACACAAUAAUUGAAUCAACAUCUAACAAGACUUUGGCUAAUUUUUUGAUUUUCAAUUAUAUUCAGUCUUCCUACAAUAUUAUGAAAGGAGCCAGACGUGGAAAUUGUGAAGAUGAUGUGAGAAGAGAAUUUCCACGUGCAUCACUCCGAGUUUUCAUGCGAAACUUCGUUGACAAGGGUAACCGAGAUGGAGUAAAGAAGCUGACGGAGGAAUUGAAAAAGAAUACUCUGGAAAUGAUUCAGGACACAGAAAACUUGGCACCUCCGGUUAAAGAAAGCAUGUUAAAGAAAGUUGAAGCAAUCAAAGUUACCAUUGGUUAUCCUGAUCAUUUUGAUCCACCUGGAACAUUGGAUAAGGAGUUUGAAAAUUUUGACUUGGACUCUACCGAUUCUUACUACAGAAUAUUUCAAAAACUUAAUCGUCUUCGUAGUGAACAACAAAUGGAGUUCAUCGCUGGAGAGACACCCAUCAGCCCGAUAAAAGAAGUUCUAAAAGUGAAUGCUAAUUACAAACGUUCGAAAAACGCUCUAACUGUCUUUGCUCCAUUCCUCGACGAUCCAUUCUUCGACAUCACGUAUCCCGACUAUGUGAACCUCUUUUUCUCCGGCUUCCUUAUUGCGCAUGAAAUAGGACAUUCCGUUGACGCAAAUGGACUUGGCUAUGAUGAAAAUGGAAAACCUAUGGAUGGGAUUAGACUCGAACAUGUAACUGAGUAUGGGAAACAAGGUCAAUGUCUAGUAGAUCAAUAUGAUAACUAUGAUGAUCCGGUUUACGGCAAAAAAAUGAAUGGAACACAUUCGAUAAACGAGAUCAUUGCUGAUUGGGUUGGGCACGAAGUAACCUGGAGGGCUUAUAAGAAGAUGGAUACUUCAAAAAUGCUGUCGCUCAUUGGCCUUAAGGAUAUCAAUAUGGAUCAGCUUUAUUUCAGAGUCCAGUCACUGUUAUUCUGUCGAGAACGUGAUACGAUAAGCUUGGAAGAAACUCUCAAAGAUGUAUAUCCAACAGACAAUUUCCGUGUCAAUGGAGCAUAUGCCAGAGUUUGCGGAGGCGUUCAAUUGUCCGGUUAUAUCACCUAUGAAUCCGGAGAAGAAGUGUAAAAUGUUCUGAAACUUUGAGUGCUUUUGUUUUUGUGGAUUAUAAAAAAUUGAAAAAAAAUUGUG